AUGGCAGGAUAUGAUGCAAUCCCUCAAGCGGCCCGGCAGCGUCCAGAACCCUUCAAGUUGACAGUCUCAGACGAGCAAUUGAGUCAGUUCAAAAAUCUCUUGCGCUUGUACCCCCGAGCUCCAUCUCAAAACGGUGGACGAUUCGGGGUGACGUACGAAUGGAUUUCCAAGGCGAAAGACCACUGGGAGAACACGUACGACUGGGCAAGCUCUCGUCAAUACAACAACCCUCACGAGUUGGCUAGGCGUGAUAGGGAGGCCCGAAUAAAUUCAUUCUCGAACUUCGCUGUCGAGACCAAAGACGAUGAUGGCGAAAGCUUUCAGAAUUCAAUUCGCGGCUCUGUUAUCCCCGAACCGAGACGCUAUCCCAUUACUCUUUCUUCAUGGCUGGCCAGGUAG